AUGGUGAAAAAGUCGUCGACCACUAUAAGACAUCCAGAAAUAGUAUUAAAACAUACUGAAGUGCUUUCAAAAGCAAGAGCUGCAGUAACUGAGGAAAAAAUUCGUGAAUGGUUCUUAGAAGCAAAAGAUUAUCUAACAGAAGAAGAAGCUUUAGACAUUCUUAAAGAUCCAAGCAGAAUGUACAAUUUAGAUGAAACCGGUGUGCAAACUUGUCCAAAAACUGGGCAAGAAAAGCAAAGCAUAACAGUGUUGUGCUGUUAUGCUGCUAGCGGGACGGUAGUAGACCCUAUGGUUGUAUAUCCAAACCAAAGGAUUGCUCAGGAUGUAAUGCAGGGUGUACCUGAAAACUUCGCUGUUGGCAGAAGUCCAAGCAGUUGGAUGAUUAGUGCUACAUUCUAUGAAUAUAUUGCUGAUGUGUUUUAUCAAAGGUUGGUUCGAAAACAAGAGGAGUUUCCAGUUUUACUUGUAUUUGAUGGACAUAAAUCUCAUAUUAAUUUGGAACUUCAUGAGUUUUGUGUUGAAAAAAGAAUCCUUCUGAUAUGUCUACCACCGAAUGCCACCCAUAUAUUGCAACCUUGUAAUGUGGGAAUUUUCAGGCCUUUGAAUGUUGAAUGGAGAAAAGUGGUUCGCAAUCACCAAGCAAGAAGUAUUCAAUCCAUCACAAAAGUUAAUUUUGCUCCUCUUUUUCAUGAAGCUUUUAAUAAAGCCUCGAAAGUUGAAACAAUACAAAAUGCGUUUGCUACGUGUGGCUUAUUUCCUUUCAACCCGGAUUAA